UCUGGCGUUUGUGAUAUAGGUACAGAGUUAGAUUUUUUUAAUAGUAAAUAUGAAGUCUAUCGUGUUUCUGUGUUUGGUGGUAGCCGCGGCAGGCAUGGAUAUGCACCAUGGUGUCCAUCUGUCUGAGUCACAAAAGGAGAAGGCAAAUCAGUAUAUCAUGGAGUGUGUGAAGCAGUCGGGAGUUCAUACCGAUGUGCUGGUAAACGCGAAGAAAGGUCAGUACGCGGACGACGAAGCUUUAAAAAAAUUCACCCUUUGUUUUUUCCAGAAGUCUGGAAUCGUAGAUCAGACAGGCAAACUCAACGUAGACGCAGCACUGUCCAAAUUGCCCGAAAGCGUGAAUAAGCAUGACGCAACCAAACUAUUAGAAGAGUGCAAGAACAAGACUGGCAAAGAUGCAGCUGACACGGCGUUUGAGAUAUUCAAAUGCUACUCGAAAGGAACUAAAACUCACAUUUUAUUGUAAGACACAAAAAAAAACUUAUACAAAGUAUGUUACUGUUAUUUAAUUUAUUGAAGUUAAUAAAAAUUGGAA